UCUUUCACCACCAUCCUCUCAACAUCCCCUUCCAACUCUCUCUCUCUCUCUCUCUCUCUCAAGGAUGAAGAAGAUCAAUCUGAUACUAAGAAAGUGCAAGACCUUGUCAAGGCAACUGGGCAGGACUUCUUCAUACAGCAGUUUGAGGUCUCAGUCUACUAGAGAAGAAUUCUGGGCUGGUCAUCACAUCGACAACGAUGAUCGUGAAACAAUCUUUGUUGGGAGCUCAAGAAGGCGAUACGUGAUUAGUUCCAAACACUUGAAUCAUCCUCUUUUGAAUGCUCUCAUCGAAAAAUCAAAGCAGGAUCAACAGCAGCAGCAGCAGCAGCAGCCUGGUGUAGAUGGUGGUGGCGAUAUCACGGUGGUGAAGUGUGAGGUGGUUCUGUUUGAUCAUCUACUGUGGAUGCUCGAAAAUGCCGAUCCUAACCUCAGUUCUGAUUCCUUGGAGGAACUGGCUGACCUCUACGCGUUCUAACGCUAGGGUAAAUUGGUAAUUUUAUUUGUAUUGUUAGGUGGCGACUGCAAACUUGAGAGGUUAUGAUUAUUAUCAGUCGCUUUGUUAAUGGAUUUUGGUUUCGUUCUUAUUGUUAUAUAGUAAUUGUUAGUCUUUAACUCAUUGGGUUUGAAGGAUCAACAAAUUUGGUGAAGUCCAUGUAUUAGGCUCUUCUUCUUCAAGUAUGAGAAUGUUCUUGAUUGUUAUUAUGUGAUUUUAGAUCCUCAUGUAUGUAUAAAAGUUCCACCAGUCUAUUUGUUGCA